AUGGCGAAAGUCUACAUCAACUCCACCGACCGGAAGCUGUUCACGUACGGGGAUACUACCGGCGCGACGGUGGACCCCGGACGCGUCAUUCUCGCCGACGGCUCAGACCAUGACCGCGUCCUAUUUACCGUAAACAAGACACUCCCAGGACCGGAACUGGUUGUGUUUCAAGGUCAGGAGGUCAAGGUUCGCGUGAAAAACAGCCUGGUUGGGACCGAGACGAGCAUCCACUGGCACGGACUGGAGAUGCGGGGAACGCCGUGGAUGGACGGAGCGGCCUUCGUGACGCAGUGCCCGAUCCUUCCCGGCCAAACGUUUACGUACAAGUUUAAGGUCCCGAGGGCGGGAACGUUCUUUUACCACGCCCACAGCGGUAUGCAGAUAAGCAUGGGAGUGUACGGCGCUCUGAUAGUGAAAAAGAAAGACGAGGUCGAAGCCGCCGAACACGUCGUGAUGAUCCAGGACUAUAACAACCGCUUCACGUUUCUAGACCUUCACACUCAGGGACUCUACGGGAUCUUUUACCCCGGGGGAGCAAACUUUUUUCCCGUGCGACAAAUUGACGGCACCAUUUCCUCAGUCAUGGAAAUGACGUCAUCAUUGAUCAACGGACGUGGGCGCAUUAUGAAUGGUGCAAAUGACGUCACGCUGACGCCUUUAACAGUGUUUACUGUCGUCACCGGAACAGUGUAUAGGUUAAGAAUCAUCAAUACUGCGACCAUUCUCCAGUACGUCUUCUCUAUCGACGGCCACAAGCUGACGGUUUUGUCAGUUGACGGUAAUGACGUCAAGCCGUUCGAGACUGAUCGAGUCGUACUUCAUACUGGGGAGAGGUGUGACGUCACCAUACAAGCGAACCAACCCGUUAAAAAUUAUUGGGUGAGAGCGGAAACGUUGCGAAUUGAAAGGCAAAAUCACGUGUAUGCCAUUUUGAGAUAUUCUGGAGCAAACAUCGAAGAUCCGACAACCGUACCGACGACGUGCACGAUAGAGAAUCCUUGCACCGUGUUUAACUGCCCAUUUCUCACAUUCCCUGGAUGGUCAUGCAAAUCGAUGGAUAGCGUGGAGACCCCUUCCGCUGACCCUGUACCUACAGCGGAUGAUGGCCCAUUUAAGGAAUUCUUUGUCAACACGGGCUUCAUGUUUUACGGAGGGAAGAUGGUAGGACAAAUGAACGGCGUUAACAACAUAAUGCCAAAAGUGUCCGCGCUGACGCAACCUAAUGACGUCACUGGGACCUGUGACCAGUUUAGUGAUUGCGGCGCGGAGAAAAUGUGCACAUGCACACAUGUAAUCAGCGUCAAUAUGGGCGACGUCGUUCAACUGAACUUCCUGAACAACGGACUAUUUGCGAUAGCGCAUCACUCUGUGCAUACGCAUGGCUACAUUUUUCGGUUACUCAAAAUCGGAAAUCGUCUAUCAAAUGCAUCGUGGACGAGUCCCAAUGACGUGAAUUUGGGGGAUAACGAGGAUGUAGACUGCCGGAGCGCACAGCGUGCGACUGCUGUCUGCAACAACGCAACAUGGGCUAAUCCAUCAUGGCGGAACGGUAACAUCCCCGGGAUCAAAAUGGACCACGCCGUGUGGAAGGAUACAGUCACAGUUCCCGCGGGAGGCUAUGCGGUUAUACGGUUCAAGGCCGACAACCAUGGACUGUGGAUGGUUCACUGUCACAUGGAGUUGCACAGCACGGCCAUGGGUCUGGUGGCACUAUUUAAAUAG